CUCUAUGACAUUGUAGUCAUUUCCCUGGGAGCCAUCGACUAAUGUUUUAACUUUUGCUUGCCACUAUUGGAAAAUAAUCCACCACAGCACUGGGUAGCAUGUCUAUCAACAGCUUCCUAGUAAUGAGCAUGUUUAUAGCAAUGUGCCAAGCUAUAUAAAUAUUACAUAGGUCACUCCCCAAUAACAUCUCCGCCUAUUAUAUAUACUACAUGCAUUAGAUCACAAACCUCACUUUAAUCAGGACUCAGAAGAUCGCAGUUCUUUUUACACUUUAUUUAAUUUGCGGUACUUUGGAAUAUUCUAGCCACAGGCAGAUGCUAAGAAAAGUGAUAGACUGGUAAUUUAAUGGCCAGCAAGUCCUUUCAUCAUUCUUCUAAGAUGGACCCGAAGAAGAGAAGGAAGCAGAUACUUGGAUCCUGGAUACGGAAUGUGAACUUGUCCUGGAUAGAAAAGACCUUUUAUAAACGGGACUGUGUUUGUAUGAUACCAAGCUCAAGAGAACCUCACAGAUGUAUUCCUGGAUGUCAGAUUUGCCACCAGCUUGUACGGUGCUGUUGUGGCCGGCUGAUAAAAGAACACAGCUUCUAUAGGAGCAAUGCUGGAGGAAACCCUUCUGGGGACUUGCCGGGGACAGGGUCAGAGGUUUGGACAGCGGAAAAUCACACAGUGAAAAGUUCUACAGAUGCUUAUGGAACCAUUGACUUUCAAGGAGGUUCACAGACUAGCAAAGCCAAGUAUGUCAGACUAUCAAGCGACAGUAAGGUUGAAGAUGUACUUCAUCUUAUGGUUAAGGAGUGGAGGAUGCAGCUACCAAAACUUGUUAUCUCUGUACAUGGUGGGAAGCAAAGAUUUGACCUCCAUCCUCAUAUAAAGGAGGCGCUCUCUAGAGGAUUAGUGAAAGUGGCCACAACCACAGGAUCUUGGAUCUUUACAGGAGGAGUGGAUAAUGGUGUUGCUGAACACAUUGGAGACGCCUUAAAGGAGAAUUCAUCCUACCUAAAUCAGAAGGUCUGCACUGUUGGAAUAGCUCCAUGGGGUGUAGUUGAAGGCAGACAGGAUCUUGUUGGAAGAAACAUUGUGGUACCGUACCAAGCUCUGCUGACCCCGCUUAGCAAGCUUCAUGUCCUGAAUAGCCUCCAUUCUCACUUCAUUCUUGUGGACGAUGGAACAGUCGGGCGACACGGAGCAGAAGUUCCUAUACGAAAAAAUUUAGAGAGUAGAAUCUGUCUGCAGCAAAUCCAUUCAAGAACUGGCAAGCGAAUACCUAUUGUGGCUCUAAUACUAGAAGGUGGACCCGGUACGAUCCUGACAGUGUUUGAGUAUCUUCAGCAAAGCCCUCCAGUGCCAGUGGUGGUUUGUGAAGGAAGUGGGAGAGCCGCAGAUCUCUUGGCAUAUGUAUAUAAACAUACAGAGAACCAGGGAAAUCUCCUAGAAGGCUCCGAGGCCGAUGUUAUUGCCACUAUAAAGAACUCCUUCAACCUAAGUCAAUGUGAAACUGCGCACAUUUUCCAGACAUUAUUGGCUUGUAUGAAGACCAAAUACUUAAUAACUGUAUACCGUGCUGGACCGGAAGAACAACAGGACAUUGAUGUUGCAAUCUUAACAUCUCUAUUAAAAAGCACAAAUUUGUCUCCUUACGAUCAGCUUGUUCUAGCUUUGGCUUGGGACAGAGAAGAUAUUGCCAAAGAUUUUAUUUUUGUACAAGGACGGCAGUGGUUGACAAAACCCUUGGAACAGAUCAUGUUGGAUGCGCUUGUUAUGAACAGGGUGGCAUUUGUCAAACUUCUCAUAGAGAAAGGUGUCAGUAUGCACAGAUUCCUGACAAUACCCAGGCUGGAGGAAUUGUACAAUGCAGCUCAAUACACAAGUAAAGACACCCUUCUGCAGCUAAUCCAAGAUGUCACGAAGGGUAACCUCCCAGCAACAUACAAGAUCACCCUCCUGGAUGUUGGACUUGUUAUAGAAUAUCUUAUGGGUGGAACAUACCGAUGCAACUACACAAAGAGAAACUUCAGAACAAUGUACAAAAAGCUCAAUCAGAGUUUAGGCCAGUCAGAUCAAGGAAGCUCUUCAAAAAGUGGCGACUCUCUGGGAAGGAUCGAUAGAAAAGAAAAAACAAGACAUGGUCACUUCCUUCAGACUGCCAAACCAUUCGGGUCUAAGAAUGACACAAGUGAAAAAGAAAAAGUCCCCAGAUCUGGCAUAGUUUAUCGUGAGGAUGACAGUGGAAAACCUUUCCUCUAUCCAUAUAAUGAGCUCCUAGUUUGGGCAGUGUUGAUGAAAAGACAAAAGAUGUCUCUCUUCUUCUGGCAGCACGGAGAAGAAUCCAUGGCUAAGGCACUGGUUGCUAGGUGUCUGUUCCGAGCAAUGUCACGGGAAGCUAAGAAAUGGGACAUCAUUGAUGAUACACCGGAUAAGCUCAAAGAAUAUUCCAAAGAAUUUGGAGAUCUGGCAGUUGAACUCCUUCAUAAGGCCUACCAGAGUAAUGAAAUAAAGACAAUGAAGAUACUAACAUAUGAGCUACGCAACUGGAGCAAAUCGACUUGCCUUAAGCUGGCUGUUUCAGGAAAACUCCAAUCAUUUGUUUCUCAUGAAUGUACUCAGAAAUUGCUGACAGAAAUAUGGAUGGGAAGGCUGAACCUGAGGAAAAAUUCAUGGUUAAAGGUGAUUCUAGGUAUUUUUCUGCCACCAGUUAUUCCAUUUUUUAAUUACAAAACCAAGGCACAAAUGUCCCACAUCCCAUUGUCUGAGGGUGCCCAUCAGAUGAUACAGAGUGAACGGGAUGAUGUAAAAUACUCUGAAGAAGGGAUAACUCUGGGUGCUUGUAAAGAACGCGCAUUUCAUGAUGGAUCUGGAGAAAAUCAUGCUGAAACCAGGAUUGAAGGAAGAAAUCAGCGUCUUCCUCUGGCACAGAAGUAUUUUGCAUUUUACCAUGCACCAAUUGUGAAAUUCUGGUUUAACACGCUAGCGUACCUAGCAUUCCUGAUGCUCUACACCUAUGUCGUCCUGGUUAAGAUGGAAACAUUACCUUCUGUGCAAGAGUGGAUUGUGAUCAUAACCAUUGUCACUACAGGUGUCGAGACAAUGCGUGAGAUCUUCGUUUCAGAGGCUGGUAAAAUAAGCCAGAAGCUUAAAACACAUUUCAGCAGUUACUUGAAUAUUAAUGAAUUCUUGGGAAUUUUAACAUUCCUCAUCGGUUUUGGUCUAAGAUUCGGCUCUAGAAAUAUACCCGACAGCACCUCCGAUGAGGAUUUAGUUUUUGUAUCUGGAAGAAUUAUCUACUGUCUCAACACAAUGUUCUGGUUUGUGAGGUUGUUGGAUUUAUUAAAUGUGAAUCAAGAUGCUGGCCUCUACGUUUUCAUAUUGGCGAAAAUGGUGUCAAACAUGUUUUUCAUUGUUGUUAUAAUGGGGAUUGUUGUGGUAGCCUUUGGUGUCCCAAAGCAAGGAAUUCUUCAUCCUCACGAGGAGCCUUCUUUUUCUUUUGCUCAAGAUGUUGCAUUUCGACCAUACUGGAUGAUGUUUGGUGAAAUGUUUGCUUAUGAAAUUGAUCCGUGUGCCAAUGACUCAGUCGUACCACAUCUCUGCGUAACAGGAAGCUGGCUGAAUGGAUAUCUGCAAGCUGUUUAUGUGUUUGUUCAAUACAUUAUCAUGGUUAAUCUUCUCAUUGCUAUUUUCAACAAUGUGUACGCUGAAUGUAAAGCAAUGUCCAAUCACCUGUGGAAGUUCCAGCGCUAUUUUGUGAUUAUGUUUUAUCAAGGCAAGCCAGUGCUCCCUCCUCCAUUUGUUCUGUUCUCCCAUAUAACCACUGUCAUCACUUGGCUGUGUAGAGGAAGACCUAAGACCAAGUCACAAGGACCAAAACUCUUUCUAACGGAGGAAGACCAAAUAAGACUUCAUGAAUUUGAAGGACAAUGUGUUCAAAUUUAUUUCAAUGACAAGAAAGAUCAUGAAAGUUCAAAGAGCGAUGAAAGAAUCCGUGUAACAACAGAAAGAGUGGAAGAUAUGCUUGGUGAUGUGAAAGAUGUCAGAGAUCAUGUUGGUUUCAUUAAACAGUUGCUUCAUCAUUUGGAUGAUCACAUUGGACACCUACAAGAUCUUUCAGGACUCACUUUGGAUUCCAUGAAAACCUUGACAGCGCAGAAAGCCUUGGAAAUUAAUAGAAGCCACAGCAUCAUGUCCAGUGAUAUUAGCCGGUCACAGCAGACCACCGAUGACGGACUUGGACAUUCUGUCAUGUGGAGAAAAAGCAGAAGUGAUCAAGUAUGGAGUCGUUCUCUUUCACAGCCUGGUUUGGAUACAAUUAUCCAUCCUAAAGCUUCAAUCUCACUGCGAAGGAUCAAUAGUUCAGAUACUAGUCCUACACAUAGUUCUUUGUUUCUCUCAUCUGAUGACCAUAACCAUGACGUGAAAUUUGAUGACCUGGAAUUCCAGAAAGGAGCUUUCAGUGAACAUAAAGUAGGAUACUCUCAGCCUAAGUCUUUAAAAAUACAUAACUCAAGUGUAGCAAUGAUACACAGUCCCCAAACACUUCCACAGUUACGGGUCACCCCAAAACUUAAGGAUUCUCUUCAGUCUCAAAAUGUCCAGUUGCACACUUUUUCAGUAUUUACAGAUUCUGCCUGUUCUGUUAAUCAAGGCAACACUCUAAAGGAGGAGGGCAUUGUAAAUUUGGCAUUUAUUGAUGACAGGGGUAAUGCUAUCCACAAGCACGAUGUUGACCAUGUGGGUUCAGAUUUCAAAAUAUCAGAUGAAGAAUCAACUAAGAAAGAUGGUCAGCUAUCAUCAGAAAUGUCACCCACUGGGGGUAGUGAUUGUCCCAAUGACAACAUUCAUGAAAGUAAAGUUAAACCUCCAAGCAAAUCGGAACAGUUGUCUAACAGCAGUACCUUUACUGAGAUGUUUCAGAAACUCUGGACAAGAUCGAAACAUUCAGGAUUCAAGCUGUACAAAACAAAGCAGUUGUCAGAGGAUACAGAGUCCACACACAGCAAUGAAGAUGGUCUCAGAAGAACUUCAUCCUGCACAGACCUGAAUGGAUUCCAACCAACUUCUCCAUCUACAUCAAAUAGUCAGUUUAACAUGGACAGCAAAUCUAUGUCUUAUGAAGAUCUAUAUCAAAUCGACUCCAAGGCAGCCUUACUGAAGGAGCCGUAUUACAGCCGAUAUUCAUCAGCUCCAAAGUCGUCUCUUCAGAAAAAAACCUUUACAAGAUUUGGCCAUGAUUUUAAAACAUCAAUGGAUAAAUCUUUUUAUUAUUCCGCCAUUGAAAGAAACAACUUAUACCGGCUCUCCCAGAGUAUUCCUUUUACACCUCUGCCUCCUGUAGGGGAGCUGGCCACUGUGUAUCGGCUAGAAGAAAGCUCACCAAACAUCGUGAACAACAGCAUGUCGUCCUGGUCUCAUAAUGGCUAUUAUUCCACAAUAGAGAUACUAACUAAGGAAGAAAUGGGAGGUGGAUUGAGACGAGCUGUGAAAGUGGCCUGUACCUGGUCUGAGAAUGACAUCCUGAAGGCUGGACACCUCUAUAUCAUCAAGUCUUUCCUACCUGAGGUGGUGAAUAAUUGGUCAGGUGUAUAUAAAGAUGGCACCGUGCUGCAGCUGUGCCUCAGGGAAAUCCAGCAACAACGAGCUGCCCAAAAAUUACUGUUUGCUUUCAACCAAAUGAAACCCAAAGCAAUCCCAUAUACUCCAAAAUUUCUGGAGGUUUUCCUCCUCUAUUGUCACUCCGUUGGACAGUGGUUUACAAUUGAAGAAUGUAUGGCAGGAAGAUUUAGAAAAUAUAACAACAACACCGGCAAUGAAACGGUCCCAUCAAACAAGCUGGAGAAGACAAUGCUAGCCUUCAGCCACUGGACCUAUGAGUAUACAAGAGGGGAAUUUCUGGUCCUGGACUUGCAAGGCGUUGGGGAAAAUUUGACAGAUCCAUCUGUUAUUAAAGCUGGAGAACGCAGAUCGAAUGACAUGGUAUUUGGACCAGCCAACCUUGGGGAUGAUGCCAUUAAAUACUUCUGUGCCAACCACCAAUGUAACUCAUGUUGCAAGCAUUUAAAACUUCCAGAGAUAAAGAGGAACGACUAUGUUGUAGAUGAAGCUUUACUCCGAGGAAGCGCUCUACUCGUUAAUGAAAGUCAUGGGACAGAAAGGCCGAUCCAGCAACCUCUAAGGGAAGAUCCGCAAUGUUAACUUGAAAAUACUUUUUCCUAAGCUCUCCACUGCCCUAUAAUAAUGGUCUGGUGAACGUGCCAUUUGCAGGUCUUUUUCACUGUUUACUAUAAUAUUCUGCAAAGGAAGACACUUUUUCUAUUUAGAAAUACAGGCCCUAUUCAGAUACAAUAGUGUAUCUAUCGGCGGGCGAAAACGUAUCUCAGAUAAGUUACGCCGCCGUAA